UCCGCCUCGCCUUUCCCCGCGGCCCGACUGCACCGGGGCCGCUAUAAAUCCGGCGGCGGCGGUGGCUGCCCGGGCCGUGCGGGGAGCGGAGCCGAGUGGGGAGCGGGGCCGCCCAGGCUCCGGAGGAGAUGAGCUCGCUACGGUACUCUCCCCGGGGCACGACGGACCACGAGGUGGCGGCGACUCCGUGCUACCCCUCCGGGGCGGGGGAGCUGCCGGCGGCCGCGGGGGGAGCUCCGCCGACCCCCGCCGCCCCCUUGGCCCUGCAGGCGGGUCCCCACCUCCUGGCCAGCAUGCACCUCCAGAAGCUCAACAGCCAGCACCGCGCCGCGGGGGGAGUCCGGCGCCCCCAGGAGCCCGGCUUGCCGCCCGGCUGGGGCUUGAGAACGCAGCCGCGAGGCGCGGGGAGCCGCUCCCCCCCGGCCGCCGGCCCCGGCAUCAUCGACUCGGACCCGGUGGACGAGGAGGUGCUCAGAGCGCUGGUGCUGGAGCUUGGCCUCGACAGGGCGGACGAGCUGCCGGAGCUCUGGCUCGGCCACCACGAGUUCGACUUCCCCGCGGACCUGCCGGCCGGCUGCUGAGGCUGGGAGGGUGGUUGGGGCGGGCAGCGGGGGGCUCCCGCGUCGCACCACCGGGGACUCGCGCUCCGGUGCCGCUGUGCGCGAGGAGUGUCCCGGCUGCCCCACGGGGGCCGAGGGUCGGCGCUGCGGGCGGGAUGGGACGCAGGGUGCGCUCGGAGCUCGGCCGAGGGUGGGAAGGGGCCGCCCUGCCCGGCCCCGACGCGGAGCCGUCUCGCUGGGCUGGGCAGGUGGAGGUCUCAAGCUGCUGUCUAAUAAAAUCU